CAGCACCAAGGACAGCCGCUCAGCCCCGAGCAUAGCGUCAGUAUUAUCACCUCACAGAACAGCCCGCGCCGAGCGCACAGAGGACGGGUAGAGCAAUAAUACUGUGCACAAAGGGAGCCGCAUACCCCGCGAAAUAUGCUCUAACUCGUUUAUAUCGACAUUGGAAGAAAGACAAUGGGGGAAAUAGGCAAAGGAAGAUAAUAAUCUUUGAAGAAAUGCUUCUGAAACAGCGGAGAUAGUUCAACAACGGAUAAGGUCCUGACCAUGCACAUUCCUCCGCAUUGCACUUAAAUCAAAUGUGCAUAUUUUCCACACUGUCCAGCGGGACGGUGGUUCAAGUCGUGGUAACCGGGUGAACAGUGCAGUCCAGAAUCCGGGAAAGCCCACCUGCCAACACGAGGGAGAGACGGAUCUGGGGUCCACUGUGCGUUUUGGUCGUUUACACGAUGCGUUUGUUUCUGCUGGCGGUGUUCCUCUCGUGCUCCUGUGCGCGGGCUGGCUGCGAGCCGAAGAUAGUGAACAUCGGAGCCGUCCUGAGCCAGAAGAGGUACGAGCAAGUCUUUAAGGAUGCAGUGACCCAGGCGAACCAGAUAUACGGGAGAGAUAAAUUCAAGUUGACCGCCAUCUCCGUAACGCACAAACCCAACGCUAUCCAGAUGGCUCUCUCCGUCUGCGAGGACCUCAUCUCCAACCAGGUGUAUGCCAUCCUCGUGAGUCAUCCUCCCCAGUCCAACGACCACCUCACCCCCACGCCUGUGUCCUACACCGCAGGCUUCUACCGCAUCCCUGUUGUGGGCCUCACCACGCGCAUGUCCAUCUACUCCGACAAGAGUAUCCACUUGUCUUUUCUGCGGACUGUCCCCCCGUACUCCCACCAGGCUCACGUGUGGUUCGACAUGAUGCGAGAGUUUCGAUGGAACCACAUCAUCCUGAUCGUCAGCGAUGACCACGAGGGGCGGGCCGCGCAGAAAAGACUGGAGACCCUACUGGAGGAGAGGGAAACAAAGAAUAAAAAAAGGAACUAUGAAAACCUCGACCAACUGUCCUAUGACAACAAGCGAGGACCAAAGGCAGAGAAAGUCCUCCAGUUCAGCCAGGAGACUAACUUAACUGCGCUGCUUCUAGAGGCCAAAGAGCUGGAGGCUCGCGUCAUCAUCCUCUCCGCCAGUGAAGAGGACGCUGCUGCAGUUUACAAGGCUGCCCGUUUCCUCAACAUGACGGGCUCGGGUUACGUGUGGCUGGUGGGAGAGCGGGAGAUGUCGGGUAAAGCCCUGAGUGAGGCACCAGAUGGUCUCAUUGGCCUCCAGCUCAUCAACGGCAAGAACGAGUCGGCCCACAUCAAUGACGCAGUGGCCGUGGUGGCCCAGUCCAUCCAGGAGCUCUUUGAGAAGGAGAACAUUACUGAGCCACCCAGAGGCUGCGUGGGAAACACCAACAUCUGGAAGACCGGGCCCCUCUUCAAAAGGGUUCUGAUGUCAUCAAAGUACCCAGAGGGCCUCACUGGACGAGUGGAAUUCAAUGACGAUGGCGACAGGAAGUACGCUCACUACAGCAUUCUCAACUACCAGAAGAGUCGACUCAUUCAAGUUGGGAUUUACAAUGGAACACAGGUGGUUAUGAAUAAUCAGAGGAAGAUCAUCUGGCCGGGAGGAGAGACAGAGAAACCGCGGGGCUUUCAGAUGUCCACGAGACUAAAGAUAGUGACCAUACACCAGGAGCCCUUUGUGUAUGUGAAACCCACUGAGCAGGAUGGAACCUGCAAGGAGGAAAAAACCUUAAAUGGAGUGGCAGAUAUUAAAAAGGUGAUCUGCACUGGACCAAAUGAGACCAUCCCAGGUAACACAACAGGACGUCCAAUUGUACCUCAAUGUUGUUAUGGAUUCUGUAUUGACCUACUUAUCAAGUUGGCUGGAACCAUGAACUUUACCUAUGAAGUACACCUGGUGGCUGAUGGGAAAUUUGGAACACAGGAGCGGGUGAACAACAGCAACAAGAAAGAGUGGAAUGGCAUGAUGGGAGAGCUCCUGGGGGGUCUGGCAGAUAUGAUCGUUGCCCCGCUGACAAUAAACAACGAACGAGCCCAGUACAUCGAAUUCUCCAAACCUUUUAAGUACCAAGGCCUAACCAUCCUUGUUAAAAAGGAAAUCCCUCGCAGUACACUGGACUCGUUCAUGCAGCCGUUUCAGAGCACACUGUGGCUGCUGGUGGGUCUUUCGGUGCAUGUGGUGGCGGUGAUGCUUUACCUACUAGACCGGUUCAGCCCGUUUGGGAGGUUUAAAGUAAACAGUGAAGAAGAAGAAGAAGACGCCCUCACCUUGUCGUCAGCCAUGUGGUUCUCCUGGGGAGUGUUGCUUAACUCCGGUAUUGGAGAAGGCGCGCCGCGCAGCUUCUCAGCGAGAAUCUUGGGCAUGGUGUGGGCCGGCUUUGCCAUGAUCAUAGUGGCAUCGUAUACUGCCAACCUGGCUGCCUUCCUGGUGCUGGACCGGCCUGAGGAGCGCAUCACCGGCAUCAACGACCCGAGGCUGAGGAACCCAUCAGACAAGUUCAUCUAUGCCACAGUGAAGCAGAGCUCUGUGGACAUCUACUUCCGGCGGCAGGUGGAGCUUAGCACCAUGUACCGCCACAUGGAGAAGCACAACUACGAGAGUGCCGCUGAGGCUAUCCAGGCCGUGCGCGACAACAAGCUGCAUGCUUUCAUCUGGGACUCUGCGGUGCUGGAGUUUGAAGCCUCGCAGAAGUGCGACCUGGUGACCACGGGAGAGCUGUUUUUCCGUUCGGGCUUUGGCAUAGGCAUGCGCAAGGACAGCCCCUGGAAACAGAAUGUGUCCCUGGCCAUUCUCAGUUCCCAUGAGAAUGGCUUCAUGGAAGAUCUAGAUAAAACCUGGGUGAGAUACCAGGAGUGUGACUCACGGAGCAAUGCCCCAGCCACACUCACCUUUGAGAACAUGGCAGGAGUGUUCAUGCUGGUGGCUGGAGGCAUAGCAGCAGGGAUCUUCCUCAUCUUUAUUGAGAUCGCCUACAAGCGACACAAAGACGCCCGAAGGAAGCAGAUGCAGCUGGCCUUUGCGGCCGUCAACGUCUGGAGGAAGAACCUGCAGCCCUCUUCCUCUCUAGAGACUCAGGAUGAUAGGAAAAGUGGUAGAGCAGAGCCCCCCGACCCCAAAAAGAAAGCCUCUUUUAGGUCCAUCAGUACCUCCCUGGCCUCCAGCAUCAAGAGACGUAGGUCAUCCAAAGACACGCAGUACCCACCCACCGACAUCACGGGCCAGCUCAACCUGUCCGACCCGUCUGUCAGCACGGUGGUGUGAGAGGGACAGAAGGAGAGAGAAACAUUCACUCCUUGGAGAGAGAGAGAGAGAGAGAGGGUGGGUGGACAAAGAGAGGCUUCCCCCAGCUCGCUGCAUUAUUGGAUCCAUCACUGCUGAAGCUUUUUGUCCCAUUGGCUUUACAGUGGAGCCAUGGAGAUAACCCUACAUUGAAGAAAGGACUGAUCUGAUCAUGGCACUUGUUACAGCUGGAUCUAGCCUGGCAUUAGUCAGCUCUAGGGUUCUGAGCUUACUUACACAUACUGUGUUUUUUUUCUGUUUUCUCUAGUCACGCUCAAUUUAUGCUUAAAACAGUCCUAUCUUUGUCUAAUUUUACUUACUGCAGUGCAGACAUUGUGGUGUUGGAUACAACUACUAUUUAAUAUAUCUACAUUAUCAAUGUUGCUGUUUAAAAAGUCCUGUUUAGUUAUAUGACUGAAGUAGAAAAACAAGUGGACUUAAGCACUGUACAUAUCAUUUAACUGACAAGAACUGACUGUAACACACAUUAUUAUUUCACAGUAUGAAAGGUACACUGCUAAAUAUCAACGUUUAAGAAAUACCUGUCUUUUAACUCCACAUAUUUAAAUAAAAUAUGUCUUUGAUAAGUUGGACAUGUUUUAAUAGUGAGAACAUAAACUUCUGUGCCAAUAUAAUAUUUUGAAGCAACGAUACUAGUGAUGGAAGCAUGCAUGUAUUGUAAAUGCAUACCCACUGGGCACAGACAUCAGUUCAACGUCUAGUUUGAACUUACAUUUUGUUUUUGUUUUCAACUAAUGUAAAUGUAACGUAAAAUCUACAAAACAUUUCACCAUGUCAUUGGAUAUAGAUAAACAUUUGGGUGGAAAAAAACAGUGCCCUCACGCUGAUGACUUUUUACAGUCCAAUCAGUUUUCCACAUUGAUUCAACGUCAUCGCAUAGAUUUUUUUGGCAUUGAAAUGACAUGGAAAUAACGUUGAUCCAACCAGUUUUUGCCUAAUGGGUAGAUGCAAAUGAGUAUUUAUUUAAUGAAUUAUUUGUCCCCAUGGUGUUAAUACUGAUACUGCUAUUCUAAUCACGUACGUUUUCUGAGAUAGAAAAAUGGUGAUCUUUGUUUCGAUUUUAUUCUUUGCCCCUAAAUAAUGAAUUGAAUAACUGUCCAGUCAGUAUUAUCCCUUAGCGCCCCUUGAAAACGUUCUGCCUGUGACGUAACGUUCACAUUGACCUGUAUUUGGUCCAAUGAGGUCUUUACACCUUUGGUAUCGAGAAAGUGGCAAUACUAUAUUCUUAUUUGAAGGGGAUUUUCAGUCACUAAUCCAGUUCGAAACUAUAGGAAAUAUGUUAUUUGUUAUCACUCUCUGAAAGUACACUAUCAAUGUUUCGUAAUCCUGGUCAUUGGGACCCAAAUGGGUGCACAUUUUUGUUUUUGCCUUAGCACUACACACCUGAUUCUACUAAUCAAAGGUUUGAUAAUUAGUUGAUUAGUAGAAUCAGGUAUGUAAUGCUAGGGCAAAAUCUAAAAUGCCCACCCAUUGGUCGUAUUCCCCUGCUCAGAUGUUGCUGACACAUGUGAGAUCUUACACAGCCUGGAUAGGUAUUUUACAUGUUAGCUUACCACAUCAUAUGUAAUAGCAAUCUGGUACCAGACUCCACAGUCGAUGACAUGACACGCAACCAUUGGUUGAUGCAUGCAAUGUCUGGGAAGGGGAACAUGACCUUUGUUAUCGGCCAUAUGUUUGGGAACACCCUCUCCCUUGCUUUCAUUAGUCUUUCUCAUCUCCAGUUUCAAGGGGUUGCAUCAAAGGGCCAGGUUUUUCACCCAACCAGCACUUGGUAUUUCAUGCAAAAACCUCCUACCUGUGCACAACAGUCUGUCUUCCAUUUGCACUUUGGUAUGUCUUACAUGGAAGGAACCCAAGUGAAUUGAUAAUUCAGCUUAACUUGCAGUCUUUGUGCUGUGAGGUUGUGUACAUAUCUUGGUUAGAUGCGAAAACGGGCCGUUUCCCAGGCUCUGGAGUUGAGAAACAACUGUGGCAUGUUGAAAGAAAGACUAUUGCACAGUUCUGGCAUGGCACUGCAGAGCACUUUAAAGGGAUACUUCGGGAUUUUGGUAAUGAGGCCCUUUAUAUACUUCACCAGAGUUAUCUACUUUGCCAAGUCAUGGAUACCAUUUUUAUGUCUCUAGUAUGAAGCAAGUUAGAGGUAGUUUCACGAGUCAAUACUAACUAGCGUGCUAGAAGAUACCCGUAGACUUCCAGUCAUUGCACUAACACUAGUUAGCAAUUGCACUACCGGUCGUUAGCAACUUCAUUCAAACUGCACGCAGAGACAUACACAUUUUAUCCACGAGUUCAUCUGACUGGGGAAGUAGAUAAAGGGACUCAUUGCCAAAAUCCCGAAGUAUCCCUUUAACUUGAGGGCUUCCUCAUACUGUUCCCAUAAACAAGGCUGAUUGAGAUAUUAUUAUGCAUUCAGCAGGCAAGUACAUAAAAAUGUAUAUGAAUAGUAGUAGAAAAAGACUCACAACAGAGAUUAUAGUCUAAUUGUUAUAAUAUGAGUAUCUCAUACAAACACACAUUUCUUUAUUUGUUUGGUGGCCAAGUUUUUUAUGAAACAUGUAGACUGUAGUACUUCGCUGGAGAAAAAACAUAUAUUUGUCUAUUUAAAGCACUAAAACAGCAUUUAGUUUCUGAAUGUGAAAUUGGAUCAUUUAAAAAGUUACUUCUGGUCAUGUUCUCAUUCUGGCCUAUGCAUGCUUAUGUGUGUUUAGCAGUAUUCUUUUUUGGUUCUUGAAUGCCUAUUGAUUAUUGGCCAUGCAGAUCUUGUUUCGUUUUCUGAAACGCAUACUAUGAAUGCAAUGUAAAUAGAAUAUUGCACUUGUCGUAAUACUGCUGAAGAGAAUGUCAUUUUCACACACACACACACACACACACACACACACACACACACACACACACACACACACACACACACACACACACACACACACACACACACACACACACACACACACACACACACACAUGCACUGUACACAUUUUUAAGUUUUAUCUCCUCAAUUAUAAAGAUGAUAUAGAAAAUGAUUUUCAAUAAAAUAAUAUUGUUUGUAUAGAUGCACUUGUAAAUAAAAUGUACCUAUUGCCAAAUGUAA